AUGGCCCAACCCCGGCUGGGGGGCAACGCCCUGAGCAAGGCAGAGCCCCCUGCAGGCUUGGAGAAGUCUGGGUCAGGGCCCACGUCACAGUUUGGCCAGAGUUGGCUCUUGGUGCACACUGUUGGGCUCUGGGAGGACAUGGUCAAGGUGACUAUUGCAAACUGGCAGCCCAGUUUGCCCUGGAUUUCCCAGGUCCUCUCACCUAGCACAGACGUCCUGUGGAAAUGCCUGACACCGUCGCGAGCACACAGGCUCAGCUCAGCCAACACUGGCUGGCCUGAAAAGUCAUGGCCACAAGAAGCAGAGGCCGCAGACCAGACUCCAGCACAAAGAAAGUCCAGCACCUGUGAUGCUCUGAUGACCAACCUUGAACGUAUCUCCCUGGACUUUCAGGGAUUUCUCAAUGCUACAGACCAGGACACAGCACUGCAGCCCACCAGGCUGCACAAGCGGAUGGGGGAGUGUGAGCUCCUUUGCCCCAGAACCACCCCCUGGCCCCCCGAGGCAAUGAGAGCAUUGCCUGAAGUCAAGUCCCCGCUCCAUGGCCUUCCAGAGGUGGCUGGCUCCUCUCUGUGGAUGAGUCAAAGUCAGAGUCAGCCAGGAUCCAAGGCCUCAUCAGGGGUGACUGAAAUGUUACAGAGAGAGGUGGGCCCUGGACAGCAGUCAUUAUGGGUUCCUGUGCAUAAGGAGAAAGACAGCUCAGGCCUUAGUUGCUAUAACUGGGAGAGCCUUUUCACCUCUUUAUGUCUCUACCCCGACCACCUGCAUGGAGCAAAAUGCCGUGAUUCACACGAAGAAGGCACCAGCAGCCAGCCCCAGCUCAGCCAUCCUUACGUCACACCUGGGAGCCCUGUGCCACGCCCCCUCUUUGUCUUUGGGUAUUUCCAGGCCCACUUGGUCCUCGGAGAGUUCUGGGAUCAGCUCCUGCAGGACAUUGAAGAGAGCCUUUUCACCUCUUUAUGUCUCUACCCCGACCACCUGCAUGGAGCAAAAUGCCGUGAUUCACACGAAGAAGGCACCAGCAGCCAGCCCCAGCUCAGCCAUCCUUACGUCACACCUGGGAGCCCUGUGCCACGCCCCCUCUUUGUCUUUGGGUAUUUCCAGGCCCACUUGGUCCUCGGAGAGUUCUGGGAUCAGCUCCUGCAGGACAUUGAAAGGCUUCAGUGCCCAUCAAAAGCUUCCGGUGCCGCGGCGCGCACAAAGCGGACGGCCCGGAAAUGCACCCGCGGUGAAGCUCCCAGGAAGCAACGGGGCAAAGCCGCUCGCGAGAGUGCGCCCUCUACUGGACGGGUGGAGAAACCUCAUCGUCACAGGCCUGGUACUGCGGCGCUCCGGGGAAUUACACGUGAUCAGAAGUCCACCGAACUGAUUCGCAAACUUCCCCAGCCUCUGCUGCGGGAAAUUGCUCAGGACUUUAAAACAGAUCUGCGCUUCCAGAGCGCAGCCGUCGGUGCUUUGCAGGAGGCAAGUGAGGCCUAUCUGGUUGGCCUUUUCCAAGACACCAACCUGUGUGCUGUCCAUGCCAAACGUGUAACAAUUAUGGCAAAAGACAUCCAUCUAGCACGCCGCAUACGUGGAGAACGUGCUUAAGAAUCCACUAUGAUGGGAAACAUUUCAUUCUCAAAAAAA